AUGAAUGAUACUCUGUCCGAAUGGACAAUCGAAAAAGUUCUCGAUAUGCGCAAAGAGAUUCUGGAUAAACAGAAGGAUAUUGAAAAGUCGAAUUUGGAAAUUGUUGAGAUGCUCAAGUUAUGCGAUGAGAAAAUUGAGAAACUGUCAAAUCAACAACAGGAAAAAUUUGAUUCAAUUCAAACAAAACUGGAUAAAAUCGUUGAGAUCUUAAAACCGGAAGUAUCGUCGGAAGUUGUCGAGGACAACAAUUCUGCAUAUCCGACGGCUCAUGUCAAUUCUACUCAGAAUCUAGUAAAAAACGAGGAAAUGAUUUCGACAUUUGGAAAAUACUUUGUGUUGAAGCAUAAAUUCACCAACGUUUCUAGACUCACAACAAAACAAUGGUUGCGAAGAACAUUUUGGUGUUGA